AUGGCUGAUGAAUUAAAGGCCAAGGGGAAUGCAGCCUUCUCGGCGGGUCAUUUUGAGGAGGCGAUCCAGCACUUCUCUGCGGCGAUAGAGCUGGACCCCAACAAUCAUGUGCUCUACAGCAACCGCAGCGCGGCCGAGGCCAGCCUGCACCGCUACUCUAAGGCACUCAAGGACGCCAAGAAGUGUGUUGAGCUCAAGCGUGACUGGCCCAAGGGCUACUCACGCCUGGGCGCGGCCUACUUUGGCCUGGAGGAAUGGGAGGAGGCCGUCAAGGCCUACGAGGAUGGCCUGCACAUUGACCCCAGCAACCACGCUCUGCAGUCAGCUCUGAGCGACGCGCUGUCGGCCAAGAACCGCAGCACGUCGCGUGGCGGACAGCUGUUUGGCCCCGAGGGCAUGGCACGGCUGGCGAUGGACCCGCGCGGGCGACCCCUGCUGGAGGAUGCCGAGUUCAUGGGGCGCCUGAGGCAGGUGGCGGCGCACCCGGAAAUGCUCAACGCAAUGCUGGGUGACAGCAAGAUGCAGCUGGCUCUUGAGAUCAUGCUGGGCAUCAAGGUCGCCAGCAACGCGGAGGAGGCAGCAGAGAUGGCAGGCGGCUCGGGCCGGGCCGCGUCGGCGCAGGGGCCCUCCAGCAGCGCGCACCAUCAAGCGGCCGCGGGGCCCUCGGCAGCAGCGGCGUCUGGUGGGGCGGAGGCCAAGGAGCCAGAGCCUGAAGCUGCGGACGCGGAGAUGGAUGAUGAGGAGAGGGAGUUGGCGGCAAAGAAAGCGGCGGCAGCGGCGGAGAAGGCCAAAGGCAACGAGGCUUACAAGGCCAAACGCUUUGAUGAGGCCCUGGCCCACUAUGACGCCGCCAUAGCCGCGUACGACGGCGACAUCUCGUUCCUGACCAACAAGGCGGCGGUGCACUUUGAGAUGGGUGACUUUGAGGCGUGCGUCAAGGACUGCGACGACGCCGUCAUGCGCGGCCGCGAGCUGCGGUCAGACUACGCGCUGGUGGGCCGCGCCCUGCAGCGCAAGGGCAACGCGCUCGUCAAGCUCGGACGCCUGCAGGAGGCGAUUGACGCGUACAACAAGUCCCUGAUGGAGCACCGCAGCGCAGAGACUCUCAAGCGCCUGCAGGAGACAGAGAAGGCACUCAAGGCCCAGCAGGAGUCGUCGUAUGUGGACAUGUCCCUGUGUGAGGAGGAGCGCGAGAAAGGCAAUGUGGCCUUCAAGGGGGAUCGCUACCCGGAGGCGGUGGGGCACUACCAGGAGGCACUCAAGAGGGGCCCCCCAUCCCACAACCCCGAGGCUCACAAGCUGUACAGCAACCUGGCGGCGUGCUACACCAAGCUGGGCGCGUACCCUGAGGGCAUCAAGGCCGCGGACCGCUGCAUUGAGCUGGCGCCUGAGUUCACCAAGGGCUACAGCCGCAAGGGCACGCUGCAGUUCCUUAUGAAGGAGUACAACAAGGGCCUGGCGACCUACGAGGCGGGCCUGAAGCACGACCCGGGCAACGCGGAGCUGAAGGAGGGCAUGAUGCGCUGCAUCGACGCCAUCAACCGCAUUGCGCAGGGAAUGGGCAGCGAGGAGGAGAUUGCGGAGCGGCGUGCCAAGGCCAUGGAGGAUCCCGAGGUGCAGGGCAUACUGCGCGACCCAAUAAUGCAGGGCGUGCUGGAGGACCUGCAGACAGACCCGCGCGCAGCGCAGCGGCACAUGUCGCACCCCGAGAUUCGGAACAAGAUUUCCAAGCUUGUCACAGCAGGCAUCAUUCAGCUGCGCUAG